UUCUAUAAACACCUCCCCAACCAAAACAUACCCUACAAACAGAGUAGGGGAGAGCCAUAGCAUUUGCACAAAACUCUCCUCAUUCAUGGCGGGUUCUAACCCAACCCCUUAUUAUACUCCAACAUCCAAACAAACAGCAGCUACCUACCAUUCUCCUUUCCUGUUGAAAAGACCCAAUCUUUACUCUUUAGUUGCCGUCACUUUUCUCUGCUCUGCCUUUUACUUCACUGGUUUAUGGCAAAAUAGAGGCAGUAACAGUGUCAUCACCACUUCCAAUAUUGUCCACACUACCAUCCCCUGUUUCCCUUCUAAAAAUACCUCCACCAAUUACCCUACUUCUUCAAAAUCCACCCAAAAACUAGACUUCACCACCCACCACUCCACCGACGACGGCGGAGCUGUUACACCUGAUGAUUCAAUCAAAAUUUACCCCCCUUGUGACAUAAAGUACAGUGAGUACACCCCAUGUGAAGACCCUGAAAGAUCAUUGAAAUUCAACAGAAACAGAUUGAUAUACAGAGAAAGACAUUGCCCAGAAAAGAAUGAACUUUUAAAAUGCCGUAUACCUGCACCGUAUGGUUACAAGAAUCCAUUUAAAUGGCCAAUUAGUAGAGAUCUUGCAUGGUAUGCUAAUGUACCACACAAAGAAUUGACAGUAGAAAAAGCUGUUCAAAACUGGAUUAGAUAUGAAGGAGACAGGUUUAGAUUUCCUGGUGGUGGGACUAUGUUCCCUAAUGGUGCGGAUGCGUAUAUUGAUGAUAUUGGCAAGUUGAUUAAUCUUAAUGAUGGUUCCAUUAGAACCGCCAUUGAUACUGGCUGUGGGGUAGCGAGUUGGGGAGCUUACCUAUUGUCCCGAAAUAUUAUAGCCAUAUCAUUUGCACCCAGGGAUUCACAUGAAGCACAGGUUCAAUUUGCACUUGAGCGAGGAGUACCCGCUCUGAUCGGAAUUAUUGCCUCCAAGAGACUUCCCUAUCCAUCUAGAGCUUUUGACAUGGCGCAUUGCUCUCGUUGUCUCAUUCCGUGGGGCGAGUAUGAUGGUACAUAUUUGAUUGAAGUCGAUAGAGUCCUAAGACCUGGUGGAUUUUGGAUACUCUCUGGCCCUCCGAUUCGCUGGAGAAAAUACUGGAAAGGAUGGGCAAGAACAAGGGAAGACCUAAAUGCUGAACAAAAUAAAAUUGAGCAGGUAGCUAAACGACUCUGCUGGAAAAAGUUUGUCGAAAAGGAUGAUAUUGCUAUAUGGCAGAAGCCAUACAAUCAUCACAAGUGUACAGAAUUCCGAAGGAGAGUAAAAAAUCCACCAAUGUGCCCUGCUCAAGAUCCUGAUAAAGCCUGGUAUACAAAAAUUGAAACUUGUUUAACUCCCUUGCCAGAAGUUUCAAAUGAACAAGAUGUGGCUGGUGGACAAUUGGAAAAAUGGCCUCAACGAUUACACGCAACCCCACCGAGGAUAAGCAGGGGAACGGUGAAUGGGGUCACGGAAGAAGAUUUCCAGAAGGAUUCACAGCUAUGGAAAAGAAGAGUUUCGUAUUACAAGUCAGUGAAUAACCAGCUCGGCCAACCAGGGCGAUACAGAAAUAUCUUAGAUAUGAAUGCAUUUCUUGGUGGCUUUGCUGCCAACUUGGUCGAUGAUCCUGUUUGGGUGAUGAAUAUAGUUCCUGCUGAAGCUAAGGUCAAUACACUUGGUGUCAUUUAUGAAAGAGGAUUAAUUGGAACAUACCAGAGCUGGUGUGAGGCUAUGUCAACAUACCCACGAACAUAUGAUCUCAUUCAUGCUGAUUCAGUAUUUACUCUGUACGAAAACAGCAGAUGUGAAAUGGAAGAUAUUAUGCUAGAAUUGGAUAGAAUAUUAAGGCCAGAAGGAAGUGUAAUAAUCCGAGACGACGUAGAUAUAUUGAUCAAAGUGAAGAGAAUAGCGGAUGGGCUGAACUGGGAUAGUCAAAUUAUUGAUCAUGAAGAUGGGCCACUCGAAAGGGAGAAGCUUCUGUUUGCAGUGAAAUCAUAUUGGACAGCGCCAGCUGCUCAAGGAUCUUAAACUACUUAAUCCCACUGUUUUUAAUCUUUCUUACUUCUUCAAAGUCUAAUCAUAUUGCUAAUCCUCUCUUUUAUUCUUUCACAUGUUAAGUUCUAUUAUUACUUGCAAAUUGUAAACUCUAGGAUUUUAAUGAUUCUUCAGCAAUUACAAUGAA